AUGAGGGCUGCUACCUCGGCCUCUUCAGGACUGCUGAGUCAAGAACCAGGUCAUAAAGGGAUGCCAUCUUAUGACUUUUGUAAGGUACACCUCGUUUUGGAGGACUUGCGCUAUGUUUCAGCCUCUGAAAGCUUGGAGUUGUGUUACAACUUUAACAUCAUUUUUGAUGAAUCUGUUUCAUGGCAACUUAGUUUGCUGUGGAAAAGCCAUUGUGUUCCCAGUCUUUGUUUGUUUGUUUGUUUGUGUGUUUUCUCCACAUACAAGAAUCUGCUGGAGGCUGGUGCUCAUGAUACUGAACGGCUCUAUACGGUGGUGUUCCAAGAAAUCUGUGGGCGCUUUGGAAAGACCUAUACCUGGGAUGUGAAAUCUUUGGUCAUGGGUAAAAAAGCCCUAGAAGGGGCACAGAUUAUUCGAGAUGUUCUAGAUCUUCCAAUAACCAAAGAAGAGUUAUUAUGUGAAAGCAAAAUGAAGCAGGAGAAAAUAUUCCAUACUGCUGAAUUGAUGCCAGGGGUUGAUAAGCUGAUCCGACAUUUACACAAACACAGCAUACCCAUGGCUGUUGCCACUAGCUCAGCUGAAGUGACAUUUCAGAUGAAAACAGCUAGACACAAAGAUUUCUUUGGUCUUUUUCAUCACAUUGUGUUGGGAGAUGACCCUGAGGUGAAGCAUGGCAAGCCACAGCCUGAUGCAUUUGUAGUUUGUGCAAAGAGGUUUGACCCGCCUGCGCCUCCGGAGACGUGCCUUGUGUUUGAAGAUUCACCACUUGGAGUCAAAGGAGCACUGAAAAAAAAAGGAAUGCAAGUGGUUAUGAUUCCAGAUGAAAAUUUAAAUCCAGAUCUUAAAAAGGAAGCAACUCUGGUGCUGAACUCUAUGGAGGACUUCAGACCAGAACUGUUUGGUUUACCGGCAUAUGAUUAAUGCCUCAAGUCUAUGAACUUGCACUUGACUGGAGAUCGGGAAAGUGGAAUGAAAUCUUGUUAAGAUGUUAUGAUUGUUUUGCACCUUUCCCUCCAUUCCUCAAAACUAGAGCACAGAAAUCCUGUUAACACCAAGUCUUCCACACUGUACAAUUAAAGUUGAUUGGUAACAUUUAUCAAUUGUCAUCACGAUGCAUGCUAAGUUAAAGCAGUGUUUCUUCUUGUGAAGUGAAUCCAGCUUUGUUCUCUGCACGUCAUAAUGUUUUCUGGGAAUGCUAUGAAACUAUUUAGACAAUUUAUUGAAACUGCACUUGAAGCUUCCUGUUCUGUUUCCUCUUGAAUGCCUUGUUGUUUAGCUCUUAACCAGAAAUCUGUUCUGGGCUGGCUGUUGUCCCAUUACAUAGUUUUUGAUCCAGUUAUUGCUAUCAACAUGUUUAUCCACUUCCUCUUCCUAGACUUGCCCAUGUAUUCCCCCUUGUAUUCCCUUGUCAUUUUUUUGGCAAUUAUUCUCUUCGUUUGUUGUACUUGCUGUGUUUUCUUGUUUUAUUUUCUUGGGGGUUGAAUGAGAUAACUUCCAGAGGCCCCUUAAAACCUAUGUUAUUCUGUAAUUCUGUGAUUAUCUUUUUUGACCAUGGUGAAUGCCUGCUAGGAGCUAUGCAAGGUUGUGUGAUUCUACCCUUUAACCAGUGCUUUGCAUUCUUUCCUCUCUUUAUAUUCUUCUUGUUUUCCAUUUUGCUGUGUUGCCUUUCAUUCCUAGGAAAUGAAUCCAUCUUUUCUCCCUGUUUUCAUUCUGAUGAAGUUUCUGAUAAAGCUUUAACUCCUUGAUAUCUAA